AUGCCGUUCGACGACGUUUUCGUUUGGCAAUUUAUUACCUUGUUUCUUUUUUUCUCGUUCGCGUGCCUCCGCGAAAUCUUGAAGGACCGGACUCCAGUUCGUAUCAGGGACCUCAAGGAGGCAAUAUCUAUCCUGGAAGACUCAACUCUGGAGAGCCGUGCUAUACCAAACCAGAGAUUAGUCGAAACGUUUGGAAUCAAGAAUUCUUUUACAACAACUAAUACUUGCUGUAACAAAUCGUUUAUCGCAAAAGCAAAUAGAUUGUUGCAGACAAGUGAGCCCGAGUGGGAGAGACUAGCCAAAGGAGCAUUAUGGAUUGUAAGCCAGUCCAGAAGCCCCAGGAUGGGAGACCCUACUUCGCUCCCACUGGUCGAUAUCGUCCAAGCCCUCGUCUUCCGCAUCGUCCUCUUGAAAUUCUUUCCAGACCUUCGCAACCCCACAGAAUCAGAGAUCACGAUGAUCACAAAAAGCAUCAACACGCGCUGGACCGGCUCCAAAUCUCCCAGCAGCCAAUCCCGCCCAGCCCAAGUCCAAGCCAAGGCAGUCUUAGACUACGGACUCCGACGAGUCUUCCAACUGGAUCUUGAUCCAUCAGUCCCGAUUGAUCCGCGUUCCAACCCGCUCAACAUCCUCCUCCUUACGUACGACGCGCUAUGGCCGGUUGUCCUGAGCGGCUUUCUCGAACUUCGUUUCCAUUCUCAGCACCGCGACGCUCCUAAAUGGCGCAAACAACUCGAGCGCUUUCUCUCAUCACCCAGCAGAUCCACCUUCGAGGCUCCCGAGGACGGAAUGUCCAUCGAGAUGAUCGUGGCUGAGAUGCUCCGACUCUACCCGCCAAUGAAACGCAUCAACCGGGUCCACAACCACCAGACCGUCGGCAUCGACGUCGAGUUCCUGCACCGGGAUCCUGAGAUCUGGGGUACCGAUGCGGAGGUUUUCGAGCCGGCACGCUGGACAGAAGAUGGCUGGACAAAGGAUAGAGAGAUGGCUUAUAUGCCCUUUGGAAAGGGGAAGUUUGUUUGUCCGUCUAGAGCUGUGGUGGGACCCAUGUUGAUUGGGAUUUUGGUGGCGGCUUUGUUGAGAAGGUUUGAUGAGAAGUUUCAGGUUACAGGACCAGGGAGUUCAAAGGUCGUAUUUGGAACUGAGCCAUUGAAGACUAUUCCCACCAUGAAUAGUGGUGCAGGGGCGGCCAUUCCCGAAUUUCAAACACAGGCAUUUGGGGGCCAGAAUGAUCGAGGCAUUCAAGGCAAUGAGUAUUGGGCUAGUUACCCACUCAACUUUACAAAUCCGAAUUUGAUCUGCGCCGUUGAUACGGAGAGGAUUUGCAAUCGUUGA